AUGAACGAUCCUUUCGUCCCCGCCAAAAAUCCCGGCCCGACGAAAGCCGCGGGUCCCUCGCUGUUGGCCUGUCUUCUGUGCCGUCACAAACACCUCAAAUGUGAUGGGAAAACUCCAGUGUGCGGACGCUGUGCCGCUACUGGAUCGGAAUGCCAAUAUACCCCGUCGCGUCGUGGGUACAAGGGCCCGUCGAAGAAGCGACGCGCAAACCCGUCGUCUCCAGAGCAAACGCCCGCCGAUCUGGCCGCCUCUUUCGAUCCGCAGUCCAUCGGUUUGGUCAAUGUCACCCCUGACUGGAGCCUGCAAAACACGGUCCCUUUCAUGCCCGUCGCUACCUUCCCGUCCUCCUCGUCGACCAGCCCUGGCUUGACCGACUACACCAAUUCUUCACAACCCAUCCGGUUCACGAAUGACCCCCUAACUCCCGACUCUUCCGCCUCGGUCCCCGGUGAUGGGUAUUUGAUCGAUAUCUACUAUACCUAUUUCCAUCCCUCGCACCCAAUUCUCCCUCCGCUCCGCUUUCUCUACCGCUCCUAUCUCCCGACCUUCCUGGAGCAGGUCAUCAAGUUCAUCGGUGCUCAUUUCACUCCGGCCGCUUCGAGCGAGACGUAUCGACCCACCGUUGUGUCAAAUGUGAAGGAGCAAGAGGGCUCUAUAGAGAAGCUGCAGGCUCUCUUGUUGCUCGCGGUGGUCCUCCACUCUCGCAAUGAACGUCCCGAAGCUGGCGAGUGUCUCGCCGCAGCUGUUGACCUAGCGUUUGAGCUGGGACUCCAGACGCAGAGUUUCGCCACCGCGAUGAGCGACGGUGACCCCAUCCGCGCGGAAUGCCUGCGGCGCACAUGGUGGGAGCUGUUCAUUAUCGAGGGGAUGCUGACUGCGCUUGGGGUUCAGAGCACUUACCGUACCAACAUGGUGCCGCCGGAGGUGGGACUGCCAUGUGAGGAACGGAUCUACCAGGAUGGCCUGGCGCCGCCCCCGCCUCCAACGAUCGCUCAAUUCGACAAUCGCGUCUUCGCCGACGAGGAGCGCGACUUCUCUUCCUUCACCUACCGUAUCGAAGCGGUCCGCAUUCUCGGGCGCGUGGUCGGCAUCCAGGACAUGGUCGAGGGCCAACAGGACCAUGUGGAGGCCAUUGACGCCCGAAUAACGAGUUGGUUCCACCACCUCCCCGAGUCCAAGGCGGAGCUGCUGCGUCCCGAUGGUUCCGUGGAUGAGAUGAUGUUCCAAGCCACCAUGAUCGUGAACGGCGCGUCGAUAUACCUCCACUUCCCCCGUUCUGAUUUGCUGUCAUCGCCCGCCAUGGCCGCGGAAGUGAUCUGCGGUCACCACGGACCCUGCAGCAUUCCCGCGUUUUCACACCACGCCCAUGCAAUGAAGGCCCUCAAAGCCGCGAGCGAGAUCUCCUCGCUGGCUUCUAUCCGCAUGCCGGUAGUCAAACACACCCCCUUCUUCAUCUGCGCCCUGGUUAUGAGCUCGAUCGUGCAGCUGGCUGCAUGCUCCGUCAAGGCCGGGCAGAUGCCCGAUCCCAGCCGGGAUCGCCUCACCCUGACCAUUGGCGUCUUCAAAUCCCUGGCCCGAACCUGGGCCAUCUCCCAGACAAUCAUGCGGCAGAUCAAAGCCGUGUCGCGCGAUGUCAUGGACAUGGGUCUGCGGCCGGCCAUGGACCAGAUUGAUCUUACGACCCUCCUCGAUAACGGUCGGUUCUUGAUGCCCGAUGGAUUGAUGCGAUGA